AAAUUUUCGAAAAAUAGAUGUUUUUUGGUAUUUUCCAUUGUACUUUCCAUUUGAGUUAUCGUUGUUUGGACAUACUUUCUAUAAAUGAUGAUAAGACAAAAGUCAUCUUUUCUUGCGAAAAAUGAAAAAAAAAUGUAAAAAAAGAUCCUUUUGUCUGUCGAAGAGACGCAAUAGACUUUCGAAAUCGUGUUACACUUAUAAUAUGUAGCCUUUUCCGAAUGAUCUGUGUGUACGGCCAUACGGUUCGUCAGUUCCCAAAUGAAUAAAAAUAAAAUAUAAACACAAACACGAAUUUGUUGUGCGAACUUUCUUCGCAAUACCGUUUUGCCUCACCUUUGUAAAAAUCUACAUCGCAACGGCAACGACGCAUCGACGCUUGUGUUAGUAAAUUAUUUCUGGCAUGAAAAAUCGUCUCGCACUCAGUUGACAAACAGCGUUUGAAAGAAAAUUACGCAGUAUUUUUUCCUAAUUGAUAAUUGCGAAAAUUUAAUCAUAUCUGAAAUAAAAUGGAUAGAGUACGUUUGCUGAGUAUGCCGACAGAGUGUGUGGCCAAUCCCUUGCAGAGAGCCUUGGCUGAUGCAAUUAUUUUGAUGAAGCCUUUAGAUGAAAUCCGAAUAUUAUUUGCAUGUGGAGCAAAGGUAAAUGAACCUGUCGCGCAAGGACUACGCCCAUUACAUUAUGCUGUGUGGCAAAGACACAUUGAUGCAGUGCGGCUCUUGUUGGUGCGUGGUGCAGACAUCAAUGAAGUUGACGAUUGUGGUUAUAGCGCUUUACAUUUGUGUAGUGAACACGGAUAUGUGGAUAUAGCAAAGCUUCUGAUUGAAAAUGGAUCAAAGAUCGACUUUAGAGAGCCCACUGACGAGCUUUACCCCCGUACUAUGCUGUGUGAUGAACCACUGAGGUUGGCGCUGAAAAAUCGCAACUAUGCUAUGGCAAGGUUACUAUUGGAACACGGAGCAGAUCCGAAUAAGCGUUAUUUUCUGGGCGCCGAAAUAAGUUUGGUAACUGAAAGUGAAUCAAUAGAGUUAUUGCUUACAUAUGGCGCUAGUACCGAAUCACGUGAUCGUCAAGGUCUGACACCUUUGAUGAGAGCAUGUCGCUUUAACUAUGGGACUGAACAAGUUUUAAUGCUAUUGAACCAUGGUGCUGAUGUAAAUGCUAUGACUGACCACAGAAAUGACUAUCGUACGGUACUGCAUUAUGCCGUGUUAUCAGGGAGUAUUACACUUGUCAAUUUACUGUUGAAGCAAGGAGCAAAAACCGAUCGAUUGCCACCAGAAGGCGAAUCCGAUAAGCCAAAUCCACUUCAUCUAGCCAUUCUCCGUGGAGAUCCUGCGAUUGUGCGCUGUUUGCUUGAAGCUGGUGCCGACAUAAACAGAAGUAGCACCAUUAUUGGUUCGCCUCUGCACGUUGCCUGCGCUGACAAUAUUCCACACAGAGUAGAAAUUAUGAAGAUGCUACUAUCAUAUGGUGCUGACCCGAAUGUACGAAUACCCAGUGAGACCGGUGCAUAUUUACGGCCUUGUCUUGGAGAACUGCUUGCAAAUAGUGAUACAACAACCGUGGAAGAGUUACAACUUUUAUUGAAGCAUGGAGCCAGAGUGUGUAUGCGAACUCAAUUCAGAGACCCGGAUGGUUUGUUAAAUUGCUUAAAGAAUGUCGCAUCAUAUUCGCGAGUAUUUGAAGUCCUAUUGGAAACAGCCGAAUGUUUUGACAUCGCAAUGAUCAAGCGUAAUCUUCACUUAACCGAUAGCCAGAGGAAAAAGUUACUGCAAAAGGCGAAAACACCAAUUCCAUUAAAAGCGUUAGUCCGAAACUUUUUUCGGUCAACUUUUAAACGGACACUUCCUGAAAAAGUCCCAUGCCUCUUUAUACCUAGCACACUGCAUAGCUAUUUACUUUGUGAACGUCACUAAGGUUACGGCAAAUUAAUAUUAUCUUUCGAUGAAAUGUGAUAUGGUUAAUAAAAUUACUUUCAUAACAUUUGGAUUUUGUAUAUUUAGAGAUUAUCUAUGGUACACGGCAUUAAUUGGAUUGAUUUAGAAGCUUCUCUUUAAAUGUGAUAAUUUUUAUGUUUGAAAAAUUGUCUUAAAAUUUUACAGGCGACUAUUUUUACAAUAAAAAGAAAUUAUUAAUAUCCCGGAGAAA